AUGGCCAAGAAGUGCUUUGGCACUGUCGUCGCACCCCUCCUCCUGCUCACCCUCGCUGUAGCGGCACACGCCGUGGUGGCGGCCAGGACCGCGCCUGCUGGUGGUGCAGCUGAGGCCUCGCUUCCGGCCGCUGCCGCCGUGGAGAGCGGCGCCGGUGCAGGAAGCGCGGGAGCGGCGGACGCGAAGAACCUGUUCGUGGGCGUGGGAGGCAUGGGGGACCUGCCGGGCCUCCCGGCCGUGGGCGGCGGCUACGGUGGGGGCUUCGGCAACAACGGCGCCGGCGUCUUCACCGGCGUCACGGGCCCGCUCGGCGGAGUCGGCGGCGGCGUGGGGAGCGUCGGACCGGUCGGCGGCGUCGGUGGCGCCGGAGGGAUCCCGUUCGGAGGGUUCGCCAGCGGCGGUGCCCCGUUCGGCGGGAUCGGAGGCGGGUACGGCGGCGGAGGCGCCGGCGGCGUCACGCCUUGA